AUGAAAGCGACAACGCGGCUGCUGAGCAGCGUCGCACAACGCUGCACGCUCGAAGUCGAACGCAAGUUCCGCGGCCUCGCCGUGCCCGCGCUAAGUGCCACGGCGGCGAGCCCACCGUUCGCAAGCCUCGAAUACCUCGGCAAGAAGACAAUCCGCGACACGUACUACGACCGGGGAAACCAGCUCUCGGCGCGCGGCGUCUGGCUCCGCCUCCGCGACGGACAGUGGCAGGCCAAGAUCAGCCGCGGCGGAACCUACAACAACUCUCGCUUCGAAGAGGUGACUGAUCCGGAGGAGAUAGGCCGCCGCAUCAAAAACGUCACCGCUCUCGACCAUGACCACCGAAACAACUUUGGCCUGGAGGAGAUGGCCGUGCUGACCACUCUCCGCGAGACGUGGCUCGCUGAUGGAGACUACAAGAUCGUGUCUGAUACGAUGGACUUUGGGCACGUGGUGGGCGAGGUGGAGCUGGAGCGGACGCAGACGUUUGAGGGCGAGAGCGACGCCCAAGUGCAGCUGCUCAAGGACGCGGCAAUGAAGGAGAUGGACGCCGAGAUCGUCGGCUUCAUGGAGCGCUACGCCUGGGCGUUUCUUCCUGGCACGCCGACGGGGAAGCUGACGGCGUACUUUGAGCGGGGCCUCCGGCCCUGA